CUGUCCAAUAGAGAGGAGCGAUACAGAGUCUAUUCCCCUCCCCCGCGCCAUCUUGCUGCGUGUGCGCUAGGGAGGGAGUGCUGAGCUGUGAGAGUGAGCCGGCCCGAGGUAGCUCUUCCCGCCAUGCCGCACUACCAGACCUGGGAGGAGUUCACCCGAGCUGCCGAGAAGCUCUACCUCGCGGACCCCAUGAAGGUGCGUGUGGUUCUUAAAUACCGACACUGUGAUGGGAAUCUAUGUAUCAAAGUAACAGAUGAUGUAGUUUGUCUGCUAUAUAGAACGGACCAGGCUCAAGAUGUAAAGAAGAUUGAGAAAUUCCACAGUCAGCUAAUGCGACUCAUGGUAGCUAAGGAAUCCCGUAGUGCUGCCAUGGAAACAGACUGAAUAGUUGAAAAUAAAAUGAAAGCUCCAGUCAUAUUUCACAGGAAGAAAAUAUCACUUGGAUUUGAGCAAGCAUUGGGACAGGCGAUGUUUUAUGUAACAAAGUGGACUAUGAAAAGUCUGAAGCUUUUUUCCCCUCCCCAGACUCCUCUUCAAAUAACUAGGAAAAUAAAUGCUUUCAGUUGAAAGCCUGUAUUUAUUUUUGAAAAUUAAGCAAGAAAAAUAUAUCCUUAGUGGAAAAUAUUCUUACAAGUCUUGCUUAACAUACUGUAACCUGUAUAUAUUUUCUUUUGUAAAUCUAUAAUACUCUAAUGAAAGUGAGAAGAAACAAGUGUAUCGCUCUGGACAGUGAGCACAUGUUUUCAUGUGGAUUCAAUUGAUCGUACUUUCAUUCAUAUUCCUGUGCUGUUAUAGUCUCACAAAGGAGAAAAUGUACAUUAAUUUGACCAACUAAUACUGUAAACUGGAUCUAAUAACCCUUUAUAACUAAUGAGAUAUAACAGAAUUUAGAAACAGACAUGUUCUAAACUAAAAUUGCCAAAAAUCAUGUAUUAUACUGUGCAGCUAGCAAGUUGUUCUACAAAGUUUCUAGCUUUUAAUAUUCUAGCCAUAAACUGUAUUAUACUUAUAACUAAGCAUCAUAGUUCCUCAGAACACAUUUUUGAGUGCUAGUUCAAUAGAGAGUUGUCAUUCAUUAAGACAUCACUAUCUACUGAAAAUUGUUCAGUAACUGUGAGUAGUUGGAAAUUCUCAAUCCAGUUAUCAGGCAAGUGUUCAUAUAAAAAGAACUAAAGUCAUAUUUAGAAGUAGUUGGCAGACAGACUGAAUUUCCCUCUUGCUCCUAAAGACUUUCAGCACAGAAUUGAGGCAUACUAGAAAGGGCACUGGAAACAUGCACAAGUAAUACCCAGAAUAUGAUCUAUUCUAUGAAUAAAUUAUGUCAAUUUCCAGGUCUUGGUAACUCACCAGUUUUAAAUGUACUUAAAAAUAUGCAUGUGGACUGUUAACUUGAAUUCACGCAUGCUAACAAAUUUGGUAAGCACAUUCCUUAAACAUUGAAGCAAGAGUAUAAUUGAUCUUGACACUCAUGUGGCUUAGACUUGCUUCUUAUUGCUACCUCUGUUUAAUGGUAGAGGACUCUAUUUACCUCUCCUUUGAAGGCAUCCUGCUUGAAGACCAAAAUGUUGGAGUUAGGCACUUGCUUUGAAUAGAUACUAUAUACAGGUUGGACCUCCCUGGUCUAGCAUCCUAGGAACUUGAGAUGCCCUGAACAAGGGAGUUUGCCUUACCAGGGGUCCUCUCCUGGUCUCCGGCCCCAGAUAAUGUGCUGUCCUGGCCUUCCUGCCAGACUCCACUCCCCAUGGCCACCAGCCCCACUCCAAUUGUCAGGGCUCUUUUGUGAUUGGCUGGCCUGUCACCUUACUAGCUCAUCUCCUAGCCUGCAGCUUUUGUGGCUGGAGAUCUCUUGGCCAGCAAUAUCCAUGUUCCUGCCAGGUCAUGGAUGUUGCCGGACCAGAGAGGUUCAACCUGUAUUGUUAAAUGCCAAGCUGACUUCCUGUAUAUCACCAUGCAACUGCUGCAGCUGAUUUUCCUAGGGUAAUAUUUUUGCCAGCUCCAAACCGUUAAAAGCAAAGAGGCUCACAAUGCUGAGUUAUGCUGUACUUAUACCAGUUAAUUGUUUCUCUAAAAAUACAACAGAUGAGUUUUUAAAAACUGGUAAUGUUAUUUAAAGGAAUGGAAUUCCCAGAUUUUUGCUGAAGGUUUGAAAAAUAAACUUCUUGGGUAUUCCAUUAAAUUAUUCUUUCAGUAAAAUGUUACAUAUUAUUGGAAAAUAUUUUGGUAUGGUGAACUGCCAUUUUCCAUCUUGAGUUUUGGCCUGAAAGGUUUGAGAUCAGCAAAAUAAAUUUCUUACCGACACACUG